GCGUCCGUCUGUAACACAAAAGGGAGAGAGAAAUCGGGUGAGUGUAAAAGCGGCCCCCCACAAAGUGCAGCUUUAACUUGCGUAAACACCUGUUGACACUGCUCUGUCCACUGGACAGGGUCUGGAGCUCCCUUUUUAGUGAGAUCAAUCAGCGGGCUGGUGACAUCCAAAUAAUUAGGCACAAACCUCCUAUAAUAGCCAGCCAGCCCCAGGAACUGUCUCACCCCCUUUUUGGUCUUGGGUCUCAGGCAGGUCGCAAUCGCAGCAGUUUUGUCAAUUUGGGGAUGCACCUACCCGUGACUCAAGUGGAACCCCCCCAUACCGUACCUUCACCCGCCCAAUUGCACAUUUCUUGGGGUUUGCUGUGAGUCCCGCCCAUCGCAGCGAGCUCAGAACUGCCCUCAGAUGCUGCAUGUGCCGCUGCCAAUCAUUACUGUAGAUGAUGAUGUUGUCUAGAUAGGCAGCGGCAUAAGCUGAAUGCGGUCUGAGGAUUCGGUCCAUGAGGCGCUGAAAUGUAGCCGGGGCCCCAAACAAACCGAACGGAAGCCUCACAAAUUGGUGUAAUCCAAACGGUGUGGAAAAGGCCAUUUUUCACAGGAUAUUGGUGUCAAGGGGAUCUGCCAAUAACCCUUUGUCAAAUCCAGUGUCGAAUAAAAUCAAGCGGUGCCUAACCGAUCGAGCAACUCAUCAAUACGAGGCAUUGGGUAUGCGUCAAAUUUAGACACCGCAUUGACUUUUCUAUAAUCCACACAGAACCGUACAGACCCGUCACUCUUAGGAACCAGAACAACCGGGCUGGACCAACCGCUGUGGGAUUCCUCUAUUACUCCCAUUUCGAACAUUGCAUCUAAUUCUUCCCAGACCACUUUUUUCUUGUGUUCGGGUAGUCGGUAGGGACGGCUACGUUCCACUACCCCCGGCUUGGUCUCGAUAUGGUGCUGUAUUUGGUUUGUACGGCCCGGCAGAGGGGAAAACACUUCUGCAAAUUCCUCCUGCAACUUGGCCACCUCUGUGACUUGAUACGGUGAGAGGUGGUCUCCACAAGUGACUGGGACGAUAUGAUUGGGCUUUGUGAUCACCUCCGGCCCGAGCUCCGGCCUCUCCGGAACUACCAUAGCCAACGUCACAGAGACCGCCUCCCUCCAUAAUUUCAGGAGGUUGAGGUGGUAUAUUUCACGUGCACCCCCUCUAUCGGUUAGUUUCACCUCAUAAUCGAGAUCCCCCACUCAUCGUGUGACCUCAAAUUGUCCUUGCCACUUGGCGAGUAAUUUGGAGCUCUGUGGGAAGUAAUACGAGCACUUUGUCUUUCGGUGCAAAUUCCCGUAGGCGAGUUCCCCUGUUAUACAGUCGGCUUUGACGUUCCUGAGCUGACUGUUAGUUGCUCCAAUGUGUGGAGUUUUGCUCUAAGGUCAAGAAUGUAUUGGAUUUAAUUCUUACCGUUUGAAGGUCCCUCCUCCCAAGCUUCCCGUAUGACAUCGAGCACGCCACGCGGGCGCCGCCCAUACAGCAGCUCGAAUGGGGAAAACCCUGUUGAGGCUUGCAGGACCUCUCGUACUGCAAAUAACAGGGGAUCGAGCCAUUUAUCCCAAUUUCUAGCAUCCUCGUGCACGAACUUACGAAUCAUAUUUUUUAGGGUUUUAUUAAAUUGCUCCACCAACCCAUCUGUUUGCAGAUGGUAAACACAGGUGCAAAUCGACUUAAUACCCAACAAUUCGUUAAGCUCGCAGAGUGUCCAUGACACAAAUGUAGUGCCUUGAGCAGUGAGGAUUUCUUUCGGAAUCCCCACCCGGGAUAUUAUUUUGAAGAGUGCCUCCGCAACACUGCGUGCUGAGAUGUUGCGCAGAGGCACUGCUUCCGGAUAUCGCGUUGCAUAGUCAACCAGGACUAAUACAAAUUAAUGUCCGCGUGCUGUCCGGUCCAAUGGCCCGACGAGGUCCAUGCCAAUUCUUUCGAAGGGGACCUUGAUUAAUGGAAGGGGGUGCAAUGGCGCUCUUGGGGUGGCCAGUGGAUUCACCAGCUGACAUUCACGGCAUGCUGCACAACACCUGCGAACAUCCCCGCAAAUGUCCGGCCAAUAAAAACGGACCAUUAGUCGGUUUAGUGUUUCAUCUCCCCUAAGUGAUUCGCCAUCGUAUUAUAGUGAGCCACCUGGAAUAACAUUACCUGGCGGCUCUGUGGUAUUAAUAGUUGGGUUGUAUCCUCUUUUGUUUGAGCGUCCUGCAUCACUCGAUACAACCGCUCUUUUACUAUCGCAAAAUAGGGAUAUGAAAGUGCAAUGUUUGGUUGGAGUCAUUGACCAUCAGUAACUUUCACUUGGUCGAGGGCAUGCCUAAGAGUUUCGUCUCUCGACUGCUCUAGAGGGAAAUCCCUUUCGGAAAAUCCUCUAAGUACGGGAGGGGCCGAGGCCUCCCCCUCCCUCACAUCACCCUGAUGUGGAGCUGACGAAGACGGCCCGGCUCCACCUCCCCUGCCUAAGCAUCGCACAUUUCACAUCUAACAGCCUUCUUGCAGGACCCAUCCGCACAAAUUCCCUUCAACAUAUUUUUAAACUCUGGCCAAUUAGUUCCCAGAAUUAGCAGAUGGGUAAGGCGGGAACUAACCACCACCUCCACUCUAUGCUUUUUUUUCCUGAAAUUUAAUAACAAGGGUCACUACAGGGUAGUCGUGAAUAUCCCCAUGCACACACUUCACCCUCACCCUUUUGUUUGUGCCCAAAGCCUCAUGUUGAGCCAAGCAUUGGUGGAUAGUGGUCUGGUUACAGCCUGUAUCCACCAAGGCCUGAUGAGUACUCCCCUUGACACUUACCGGUAUUCUGUAUGCUCUGGCUCGAUCGGGAGCAACUCAUGGAGUGUCGGGGAUCCGGACUACAGUUCCCAGCUCCAUCACGGGGCAUUGAUCCCGGAAGUGUCCCAGAUCCCCGCAACUCCAGCAGGCUGGCCCAGACGCUACGCUCGCACCUGUGUCGGUGGGUACAUCCACCUGUGGGGGAGAGUGAUGAGGCCCCGGGGGGGGGGGGGACAAACCCCCACAAAUGGGGAACCGGCUUUGGUGGCGGGACUCCAUGCCUCCGGGGUACUGGGAUGGGCUGUUGAGAGAGAGCAGAGUGAGAGGAGAGAGGGGAAGGAGAAGAGAGUGGGGAAAACAUAGGAGGAGGGGAGAAGGAGUGGGAGGGCUCUUCCGCCCUCUGGUAUGCCAACAAAUGGUCCUCGGCCAGUUGAACGGCUUCCUCCAGCGAUGUCGGGCGGUGGCACUGGACCCACUCCGCCAAUCCUUUCCAACGGGUCAGCUGCUCCAGCACCACCUGGUCGAUCACUCCCUCGACGUCGUGGUCCUCCGCCAGCAGCCACUUCCAGCAGGCGUCUUGGAGCCAUUGGGUGAAGGCAAACAGAUGACCGCUGCCCUCUAACUUCACAGAGCGGAAAAGCUGUCUGUAUUGCUCAGGGCUGCGGCCAACCCGCAGCAAGAUGGUCUUCCUCAGGUCAUCACACACCAGGAGGCUAGCCGCCGGCAGUUGUUGUGCCGCGAGUUGGGCUUCCCCAGACAACAAAGAAUUGAGCCUGGCCGCCCACUGAGCACGCGGCCAGCCCCAGAUCUCGGCUGUCUGCUCAAACAGUUCCAAGAAGGCCUCUGGAUCAUUCUUUGCCUCAUCUCCAUGAGAGCGGCCGGGGGUAUGGGGGCUGCUGUAUCCGGGGUCGCGGCCGGGGCUUUCUCCUGGCUGAGGAGGCUCCGGAUCGCAUGCCGGUCCUCUGAUUUAGCUUGAAGUAUCUCAUGGAAACGAUGAUUUUGGUCUUGGUGUAGCUCAAGCAGGGCCUGAUGGUGGGUGUGGUGCAGUCCGGCGAGGGACUUGAGGAAUUCGGCCAACUGCGUGGACUCCAUGAUGGCGUACUUUCCUCCAAUUUCCCGGGUUUCGGCACCAGUGUAAAGGAUUAGAUGUAGGGUGGGAAAGGAGGACACAGGAACUGGGUUCUUCAACUCAAAGGUAAGAUUUUAAUAAACAAACUUAAAGGGCUUUUCAGCGCAACACUCCUCAGUUAACAACACAGCCUCUUUCAGACCGGUAGCUCUCUCCCCGUCUUGUCGCUGGCGUGGUCACUUUAUACUGCACUCCCCACUGCUUGCUGCAACUAGAAACAGGUUUUAGACAUUAUCAGGCUCAGGUGUGUGCACCCUUACCGCUUUCUCUCUCUCCGGACGAAUGCUCAACCACGCCCCCGCUGCCACAUAUUCCUUUAAAGUUGACAGAGUGCUGCGCCCACCAGGCGGAGGGUCAAACAUCUGCUUUGGCACGGAUGAUGAAAAACCUGUGACCCGCAAAAACAAAAUGGCAUCUAGUAUAUUUGCUGAACCCGAGGACCCUCAUGCCCGUCGAAGGAACAAUCCACCAGGUGGUAAGCCUACAGGUGUGCUGUGUGGAGAGCCCUCUGCCCCUCUCAGAAGAUGUAAUGCGCUACCAGUCAACCAUAGUAACACCACACUUGACAGCAGUAUACCUGUGAAUGGUGAUGAAGACAUAAUCAAUGUUGAGAGCACAGAAGAACCUAAACCUGUUCAGGAACAUAAUGAGAAACCAGCUUCUCCUUCUCUCACCGCAACAGAGCAGCCUACAGCUGGGGUUCCCUCUGGCCGUAGAAACCCGCCAGGGGGCAAAUCCUCUCUCAUCUUAGGCUAAAGAUUUGGCUCACCUUAGGAUAAGAUCUGGGCCUAUUUGAAUUGAGCAUCUCAGAGUAAAUGUGCUGUUCUCUGGCCAGUGCCCAUUCUCUGUAUAAUUGUGUCCAUAAUGCUACAUAAGCCACAGAGAACUGAUUUCAGAUCUUGACAGAGAAGUCAGAUCUAGUCAGAGAAGUGUGCUACAUAUCUUUGAGUUAUCAUCACAAAGAAUGAGCAGUUUUGUCCUGACUGAAAUAGGUAUUUGCUUUUUACAGUAAAAUCUGUUACUGUCAGAUACAACAAACCAUAUUUUCCAAAAUCUACCCACGCUGUUCAAUUAAACUUGCCAUUCAAGUUUAACAUUUAGAAGGUGAAACUUCUCUGCAUUCAUGUCUACUCUAAACAAUUCAACUUUUGUUAUGCUUUAGUUUUGUAAAUUAAUAAAUUGUGGUGCCCCAGGCCUGCUGGUUUGUAUUAUU